CUUGACACAGCGGGCUAAUAGCAUUCGCUUUUUUGAGUUUUCAACAAAGACAUUUCAAGCUGAAACAUUCUUUUAUUUUUCGACAAGGACAUCGAAUAUUUCUCUUCAUGGACCCCUGUUGUUAAGACAACAAAACAUAUAUAAGCGAGGGGUUACCGCAUUCCGAUUUUAGCUAACGUUUCCUAAUUCAAACAUCAAGCCAUCAUGGGCGCCGUUGUAUCCUGUCUUAAUGGAAUAGUAACCUCAAUAGCAUCACUGCUCUCCGGUUUAGUUAGUGGUGUUGCUGGUUUUUUCAAUGCGGUUAUCUCUGCUAUCGUCAGCUUCUUUACGGGUAUAUUCAGAGCAAUUGGAAAAUUAUUAACGUGCGGGAGAGGGGCGUAGCACGAAACCUUGACAAAAUUAUCGACGGCCAACCUCCCCCUUUUGCCGCACUGUAUAUAACCCCGUAUCCUUAUAAUUCGUUAACAUCUUAUGUAACAGACACACAUAAUUGUACACGGUAUAUAAUAACACACAUAACUGAACACAGUACAAUUUUCUUAUGACUAUAAUUACAAUGAGGAUUUAAUUAUGCAUACUUUCCAAUAAGAUUAAAAUUGUGUAUCAAAUAACUGGAAAUCUC